AUGACCACUCAGGAUGCCCCAGGAGCCGUUCCCAUACGCCAACAUGCGCCAGGAGAGGUGCUCGAGCGUUCCGUACGAACCAAGGCCGCUGCCAGCUCUCGUUCUCUCCUCAUCGUCUCAGACCUCACUGCCGCGCUCGAGUACGACGAGCGCACGCGCCAGCUAGGUCCAAGCUAUGUCUCCAGAACACCGCUGCCCACCUCGGAGGGAGGCCUGCCACCGCCCCCUCGGUCCAGGAGCCGACCGAAAAUGGCUCACAAUGUAGUAGCGGCAGCAGGUGCACAGGUGUCGGUGUCUCUCCCGAGCUCGCCGUCGUCGUCCUCGCAGCUGCUCGGCCGCUCAGAGCCCCCAACCCUGAACCCGUAUAUCAAUCCGGUACCUCGUUUCUCUCUCAUCUUGCGCAAAGGCUCUCCUGCAAGUGCCGACGAAGGCCAGGCGUCGUCGCCUGAUUCGGGCAGCCUAAGUCAUGAAUCGUCGCACGAUGUGCACAAUGCGCAGGCCUCGCCUGCCUCGGCGUCCCCGACCUCGGCACGAUCUGAAGGGGUGCGCCACCAGCGCGGACUGUCGUCACUGCAGCGCGUCGAGAAGAUGCUGGCGAAGAGCAAGAGGCCACUGGCGAAGCUGUCGGAUGCCAGUCUGCGGUCGAGUCGGCGGGCGAGCGAUGUGGACAUGUCGCCAACAAAACUAGCGGAGAAGGCAGGCAAAGACAAGCUGCUGCGGCAGUACCUGCGGGUGCUGGAAAGAGGGAAGGGAGGAGAGCAGAGUGCGAGUGCACCCAGCUCGCCGACGGUUGCCCUGGCUUCAGAUGUCGGACUUGGAACGAGCUCGCCUGUGUCGUGGCCGCGUCUGCCUGCAGGACGGCCGUUCUCGAGGCUGUCGGCAGCAGCAGAGGCGGCGAGUAUAAAUCGCGCAGACGCAUCACCCUCGGCACUUUCCCACGCCCGCGAAGGGUCCGACAUGUCUCUGCGCAGCCUGCCCUCCUCCUCCUCUUACGAACCCCCCUCCGCCUCCACAGAACGGCACAUCAGCAUCUCCAGUACCAUAUAUCCUUCUAGUCAGCACUCAUUCGAUUCUUCUCCGCGCAACGCAUUCGACCGGUCGACCGCCAUGCACGACGAUAACGACUCUUUUAUUGAUUUAACUUCGCCCACAUUCUCACCGCCUGUAUCAUCAUCUCACGAGCCUUCUCACAAGCUUUCUAUGCGCGCCUCAGACGAACGGGCCGUCCUCCAAUCGUAUUCUAGCGAAGCCCCUAAUGCCGCCCAUGUAUCUUCUGCGAAGCCUCACCUCCCCAGACUGUCCACAUCGGCGUCUGCAAAACCUCCCUUACCUACAACCCCGAAACCGAACUUCAGACGCUCCCAAUCAGCACAUUCACCGCUACAAAAGACCCGUUCUGAUGGCGAUCACGCGCCCAGUCCGUUGUGUGGUCCCCGAGCGGACGCAGAGCGCACACUGCGUGGUAUGCCGUCAACUACUAAUCUGUUGCGCCCAGAGGAGCGUGCCGAGCUUGUUCGCAAAACGCGGAAGCUGGCACAAGUGUUCGGGCAGACACCAGGGUCUGUUCCUGCGCCGGUUGACGUGGAUCUGGCGAACGGGUGUCUGCCUAAGAGCGGACGGGGCAAGGGGCCGGGGCUAUCCAAACGGCGACACAAGCAGGUUGCAUCGAUGCUACACGAUCCCAUUGUGCCCGUGUACGAUGCGCAGAAACGGCUCGUAUGGCCGCCAGGAGAGGAUGCGGCUCUUCUGUCGCCCCUCAGUGGCCGGAGACGGUCGGUUCCGCUGAGUCCCCGGGACUUGUCUUCGAUGGCCUACUCGGACGACUCGCACUCGUUUCUCACCAUCAGCAAAGACGCUCCCCACGUGAUCGAGAUAGGCUCUCAGGAAGGCGUCCCAGAGAGCGACUGGGAUAGCCAUCCCGGUCACGCUCAUCACGCUUCUACCUCUCCGACGUCCUUCAUAGACCUGUCAGACGAUGAAACCCCCCACGACGCCCUCUCCGCUGCAACUCCCAAGUUCCUUCGUCGCCCCCCUCAUCUGCGCUCCCCAUCCACCCCCUCCCUCAUCGAGAGCUUCUCCUCUGAGCACCAGGCCGAGGUCGAGCGCCGUCGCAAGAGAGAAAAGCUGGCAAAGCUGCACCGCUUUCUCGGAUCUCGCAUACCUGUCCACCUCGUCUUGGGGCCUCUCGACGAAGGCGUACCCCUACCCCCGCCCGCUUCCUCCGCAGCCAACCAGGAUAUGUUCGAUGAGAGCGAAUUUCGCAGGCUCCGUGUGCGCCGCAGGCGGAGCAGUUCCGCCGCCGAGUUCUCUGCUACCUGGUCCGACGAGAUCGACAGACUCAAGGACGAUCUGAACGACCGGGAGAAGGCUAUCAACGUGCGGAGAGCGGUCAAGAUGGAGAAGGCGCGUGCCUAG